GCAUAUCUGACAGAAACGUUCAAACUCUGCGUUAAAAGUAUUAAGCUGUAGGUACAUGUACCCCAUAUAAAUAUAUAAUAUACAUAUAUUAUACUUUGUGUCUGAUCAUCUCCAUUUUUUCGAUUGAAACCUUUGGAAUUUUCUUUAAGGAAAAAAGGACUGUCCUCUAAGGUUGCCUCUUAGUAGUCUUCAAUUGUCAUUCUGCCAUUGCACAAAUUUCGUGAAAAUGGAUGUAAAGGAGACUUUUAGUAAAGGAAAAACUAAAUGUCCUUUUAGUAUAACAGCAGCUUUAACUACAGCAUUUCUUGAAUGGUUGCUCAUGAUUUUUCUGUUUAUGGAUGGUGCUUUCGCCUACUUAGUUACAAAGUUUGCUCAGUAUUGCCAAUUACAAGUUCCAUGUUUGCUUUGCUCGAGGCUGGAUCAUGUUCUUGGCAAGGAAAAAGCUGGAUUUUACUGGGAUUUAAUAUGCCCCAAUCAUAAGUUGAAGAUAUCUUCAUUAGUUCUUUGUCAUUCUCACAAUAACCUUGUUGAUGUUCAUGGGAUUUGCGAGAGUUGUCUAUUCUCAUUUGCUACAGUAAAUAAGUCGAAUGCUGAAACCUAUAGAUUGCUUGUUGGAAAACUCGGAGUGGAUCCUCACCUUGCUGAUAAGGAUCCUUUACUCGAGGAGCAAACCAGUCGUUCCCCAGGAACAAAAAAUUGUUAUUGUUGUAAAGAGGAAUGUGUUUCCAGAGGAUAUUCCCAAAAAUUGUUCAAGUUUACAUCUUUGUGUGAUGAUGCAGCUCAACUUGAUGUGCCUUUAUCUGAAACUAAGGAGAUCGGAAAUGAGCCAUCUGUUUCAGUCUAUGAUCCUUUGCCUCAUCUGGAAUACAAAAAGGUCAAGGUUAGCUCUGAUUCUGAAUCAGAAGCUGCACACUCAGAUGGUGAUAGUGCUAGGUCUCUAAUCCGUGCAAGGGACAAUUCUAUGAAUGAUCCUUCAGAUAGAUGUUUGCAUCCGGAACCUCAGUUUUUUACUUUCACGGAUGACCUUGCUGCUGAGAAACUGAUACAUUCAGCUUCAGUGCCCGAACCAUCACUUCUAGAUGCAGAAAUUGAUUUCAGAUGUAGAGAUUUCCCUUCUAAUAUGGCAUCUGCUGCAGCUGUUGUGCAUGGAUUAGAGGAAAUUAACUGGCAGAAAGCUGAACAGAAGACUGAUGCAUCUGCCCCAGCUGAGCUUAUAACAUUUGAUGAGGCCACCCCCUUUUCCAAUGUCAAUGAAAAUCUGGUUGAUGUAUCAAUAGAGACCUCAGCUGCUGAGAUGGUCAACCAAGUUGUCAAAGAUUGUGGGGAAGUCUCUCAGGCAAGAAGUGAUGAGAUCCCGAAGAGUGAAGCAGAAUUGGAUUCUAAACCACAGACAAAUGAGACUAGCUUACAAACAGCUGGUUCGUUUGAUCUAGGUGAUGCUUAUAAGCUCGCUGUUGGCAAUAGAUCAAGGCAAUUAUCUGGAAAGUUUUUGGAGCAGAUGUCAUUCAAGGAUUCUACACGAAUGAGUGAAGAUGUGAAGGUCCUACUUACACAGCUGUCUGCUCCUCGUGGUACCGAUGCCACAUUGAGUGAGAUUAGUCCUAGGGUGUCUGUAAAUGGUGAGGAUAUUAGAACUUCUGAAUCUUCUAGCUUUAUUGGAAUGCAGAUAGCUCAUAAAAGGAUCUCACUUGAGAGAAAUGAGUCUGGUUUAUCUCUGGAAGGAAGUGCAGUGAGUGAAAUUGAAGGUGAGAGUGUGUCUGAUCGUUUAAAACGACAGGUGGAGUAUGAUAGAAAACUAAUGGCUGCUCUCUAUAAAGAGUUGGAGGAAGAGAGAAAUGCGUCCUCAGUUGCUGCAAAUCAGGCUAUGGCAAUGAUUACAAGAUUACAAGAGGAGAAGGCAGCUCUGAACAUGGAAGCCCUGCAAUGCCUAAGAGUGCUCGAAGAACAAGCUGAAUACGACAAUGAAGCACUGCAGAAAGCAAAUGAUCUUCUUGCACAGAAGGAGAAAGAGAUUCAAGAUUUAGAAGCUGAACUUGAACUUUACAAGAAGAAACUUGGGAACAUGGCUCUCUUUGAUGAUGCACUUGAGUCAAGUUAUGAUUCAAAUAAAGCCAAGGAAGCCGAUACAAUCUGCAGUGAAGGCAGUUCUUCUUUUCCUGACGUGAAUGCUGAUAAACCCACCAGCAAAUAUGGAAUGUCCUCUGGAGAGAACAUAGAUAAGAGGAGUCUGAUACUUGAUUUUGAAAGUGAAAGACAGCAAAUUAUGUUUUGUUUGAACAAACUGGAAGAAAGGCUCCAUUUGUUCUCUAAGCAUGAGGCUAGUCAAGAGUCUGCUAAUGUGAACAGCGACUUUUCAACAGAAGAAUGGGUUGAAGUGGGUAAUCCGAAAGAAUUGGACAAUAGGGAGUCUUCUAGAAAUAAUGGUGAAAUAGAGGUAAAUGUGUGCCUAGAGCCAACCUUCGACACAAGCCCUUCUGGUGAAGAAGUAUCUACUUGCAAGUUUCCAUAUGAGAGCAAAUAUAGGCAAUGCGCUGAUGGAGAUUCUGAGUUAGAGACUUUGAAAAAUGAGUUAUCAGUUUUGAGCAGCAGGCUGAAUGCACUUGAAACAGAACACUGCUUUCUUGAGCAUUCCAUCAACUCACUGAGGAAUGGAGAUGAGGGGCAUCGAUUCAUCAAGGAGAUAGCUGGUCACUUGCGACAGUUGCAUUUUGUUUGGGACAGAACAAAUGGUGAUCUUGCAAGUAAAUAAAGAUUAAUUUAAAGAUGGCUCGUUCUCCUAGAGCAUGAAGUGUACAGUUUUUGGGUGAACUGUGAACAUGCUUUCUCCCAUUAGUAGAAGGCUACAAGCAGCAAUUUAGCAUUGUAUGAUAUGUUUUUUUCAGUGAUUUUCCCCUUUUUGUUUCAUUACUACAUUGGUUUUGAGUAAAGAUUGGUUGUAAAGUUGAAAUUCAAGAGUCCUAUAAUUUGAUGUAAAGUUCUGCUAGAGUGGCUAGGAUCAUGAUUUUAAUGUAGUGGAUUAAUGAAAUUGUGUUAUAAAAUUUGUUUUGGUUAUGUUUG